AUGGAUGCUUCACCUUUCUCUCUCAUCUUCAUCUUCUUCAUCUUCUUCAGUCUUCAAUUACAGUUUUCUUCUUCUGCAACUAACACUUGCAGUUCUUCAUCCUUCUCAAUCGGAAACCAGAUCCGUUUCCCCUUCCGUCUCAACUCCGUUUCCUCCCGUUGUGGCUAUCCAGGAUUCAAUCUCUCUAUCAAAAACGAUUCACCAAUCAUAAACCUCCCAUUCUCCGGCGAAUUCACAGUCGAAACAAUCGAUUACACAUCACAAACAAUCUCAAUCAACGAUCCAGAUAACUGUUUACCUAAUCGAUUUCUUAACUUCAAUCUCUCUGGUACUCCUUUUCAACCAGUUAAUUCUCGUAGAUUUACUUUUUUUAAUUGUAGUUCUGUUCCGUCAAUUGCAUCGUUUAUGAAGAUUUCUUGUCUUAGUGGUUUUAAUUUUAGUGUGAUUGUUGUGGAUGAUGAGAAUGAUGAUGAGAAGUUAACUAUGGCUGAUAGUUGUAAGUUUAUAUCGACGGUUUCUGUUCCGAUUCGAUUUUGGAGAUUACAGUAUGGAUCGUUGGAAUUUAUUCGUGAAGAUUUGAUUAUGAAAUGGAAGAAUCCGGAUUGUCGUCGUUGUGAAAGUAUUGGUAGGAGAUGCGGUUUUAAUGGCGAUUCAAUGGAGAUUAUCUGUUCAUCUUACUUAACUCAUUCACAAGGUUUAUCAAUGGGUGCCAAAUAUGGAUUAAUCACCGGAUCAGGAAUUGGUAUGGUAUUACUCAUUGGCAUUGUUUUUUGCACUUUCAAUAAAUUGAAGUUAUUUAUGGGCCGUAACCAUCUCAACAAUUCCCAUAUUUCCAACUUAGAAAUGGGCCAACCACACAUUGUCGUUGUUAAUGGGCUCGAUAAGCCCACUAUAGAAUCCUUUCCCAAGACAAUCCUCGGUGAGAGUGGUCGAUUACCGAAGCCCAAUGAUAUUACCUGCCCAAUUUGUCUAUCCGAAUAUCAGCCCAAAGAGACUUUACGAACAAUUCCCGAAUGUAAACACUAUUUUCAUGCGGAUUGUGUUGAUGAAUGGCUCGAGAUGAAUGGCACUUGUCCGUUGUGUCGGAACUCACCUGAUGCUGUAUCGACAGUAUCGUUAACCACUCUUUCAUCCGCUUCGUGAUUGUUACCACGUGUAUAUAAUAGAUAUAUGGUAUGUUGUGUUUUUGUUGUUGUAUAUAAACGAGCCAUCGCGAGACUUUCACAAUCGAUUCGAUGAAAGGAUCUUGUAUGUCUCUAGAAGACUUGUCAUAAAUUUGUGGGAAUUUUUGUUGGGCUUACA